GCAGCUUAUAAACCAUGUUCGCCUAUUUAUUAAGCGCCAGUCGAGAAGGAGUUUUGUUGCGGAAAAGUUCUCUAAUAUCAAAUUGACCUAUUCAAAGUCAUUUCCAAGGUCAAAGUGUGAAAAGUAAGUGAAGAAAAUAAGGAGAAUUGUGAAGAAUGGAUCCGCUUACGUUGCCUUGCGCUGCCCAAAGCGCCGGGCCUGUUAAUCAACUUCUUGGUCUCCUCAUCAAUACUCUUGUCUCAGCGCAAUGCGCAAUUUCAUCCCCGGAAAUGUGGCCAAAGGAUUACGGACCGUCAGUGCUUGAGAAAGGCUUUGAAGAAUACGACUUCAUUGUCGUUGGCUCAGGAUCAGCCGGCGCUGUUGUGGCCAGUCGACUGAGCGAGAAUCCUGACUGGAAAGUGUUGCUUCUAGAGGCUGGCGGAGAUCCUCCAGUGGAAGUUGAAAUACCAGCGACAUUUUACUACUUGCAAGAUUCUGAUUACGAUUGGAGAUACAGAACUGAAUAUGACAGCAAAGCCAGUAAAUCAAUUGCUGGCGGAAGUUUCUGGCCUCGCGGAAAAAUCCUCGGUGGCACGAGUUCCAUCAACGCCAUGAAUUACAUCAGAGGCAAUCGCAGAGAUUACGAUCGGUGGGAGAGUUUCGGCAACACUGGCUGGGGAUGGAAGGAUGUUCUCUAUUAUUUCAAGAAAUCCGAGGGCAACGAGAAUCCUGAAGUUGCUGACGCGCAUGGUGGCAAAUUCCACAAUAAAAACGGACCACUGAAAGUCUCCUGGUUCGCAAAUACCGAACCACUUAAAUUGAUAUUCCCUGAUGCUGCCAAAGACUUGGGAUACAAAUACCUCAAAGACUUCAAUGGCGAAGAGCAUCUCGGUUUCGGAAUCGCUCAAGGAUCUGCCAGUGGAGGCGUGAGAAUGAGCACAGCAAGAGCCUUCCUGAUUCCUGCCAAGGAUCGUCCGAACUUGCACGUGGUUAAAAAUGCUCUUGCUCUGAAUGUUGAGUUUGAUGGCAAAACUGCCACUGGAGUUAAGGUUAAUGUGAACGGGAAGAAGACUCUCGUUGCUAAAGCCAGAAAAGAAAUUGUAAUCUCUGGUGGCGCUAUAAAUACUCCUCAAAUGCUCAUGCUUUCCGGCAUUGGACCCAAGAACCACCUUAAAGAACACAAUAUUCCUCUGGUGAAAGACUUGCCAGUCGGUCAAAACCUACAAGAUCACGUCAUUGUACCGCUCUUCUUCCAAUUCCACAAAUCAAGUGCUGUUGCGAGGACUCCUGAAGCCGCUGGGGAAGUGCUGUACAAAUAUCUGAUGCACAGAACUGGGCCUCUAGGAAGCAUCGGAACAUCAGACAGCAUGGGCUUUGUGAACACUAAGAAUGACAGUGUCUUCCCAGACAUCCAAUAUCAUCACUUCUCUUUCAACAAAAAGGCUCCAGAACUCGUGUACGCUUUCGGUGCUUUCGGCUACGAUCACACCAUCGCGAGGACUGUCAAGGAUUUCAGUCAGGAAGGCGAUGUUGGCGCAGUUUUAAUCACUCUACUUAACCAGAAGUCCAAAGGAUUCAUCGAACUGAAAGACUCGCGACCUGAAAUCUAUCCGAAGAUCUUCGCCAACUAUCUGGACGAUCAGGACGACGUUGACACGCUGAUUCGGGGCGUGAGGACGUACAUGAAGUUCCUCGGCACGGAUACGUUCAAGAGGCACGAAGGACACUACAUAAGACUUCCCUUGUCCGACUGCGAUCGGCUGGAGUACGACAGCGACGAGUACUGGGAGUGCUACACCAGACACAUGGCCACGACUCUCUACCAUCCCGUGGGAACGGCCAAGAUGGGCCCCGAGUCGGACAAGGAGGCCGUCGUGGAUCCGCGGCUGAAGGUGAAGGGCGUGAAAGGACUGAGAGUCGUCGACGCCAGCAUCAUGCCUGACAUCGUGUCGGGAAAUACAAAUGCGCCAGUGAUCAUGAUUGGGGAGAAAGGCGCGGAUCUUAUCAAGGAGGAUUGGAAGUAUGACACCAAAAGGCACGAAGAACUGUGAGCACUUUGCCACCUUAUCGAACUUGGUUAAUUCCCCCCAUUUAUGCUUCAGCUUCCACAGGCUAAUAAAGUAUAUAAAAAUUUCAA